GACUGAUCAUGUGUUUUUGUGCUUCUAGUGAGGACUGGGACUACCAGGACUUCGCUCCGGACAAGCGAUGCGCGCUGCUUGACAACGAAGAGGAAAUCAACUCCCGCGACGAUCCGGACGAAGGGCAUGCUGCCAGUCCCCCAAAGCCGGUGCGCAAGUCUUGGGUGGGGUUAACUCCCGAUGCCGAGCUCGAAAACAUUGAUUGUGGCCAAACUGCGGUGAAUGUCUGUAGCUACGAGGCCAAGCUGAUUGCCCUGUGCACUCCACCCGGUGGCAUCCACGGCAUCCCGGACGCUGACAGUGUUCAGCGGCUCCUUGCUCAGAUCCCUCGUCUCGACGCUGCCAACGUGACGGCUGCGUUCUCUGCGCGGUUGCAAGACGACGGUGCUCAGCGCUCGUGGCAGAUACGCGCCAAGGCAGUCAUUCUGAUGCAGAUGCUAGUGGAGAUCAAGCCAUUCGCUGGGCGAUUUAUCCCAGCCUUUGCAGCCAAUCCGGCGCUUAUGCAGCAGCUCGAAGUCUUUCGCACGGGCAUAUACAAGCAGGUGACACGUGAAGCUGCACGCAAGCUACUGUCGCUGAUCCGUUCGAACGGUACAAAUCCUGCGCUCCUUCCAAAGGAAAGCCCGCCGAAGCCACACGUACGACACGUACAACUUGGUGGCAAGCGUCAGAAGAGUCCCAAGCCUAUUCAGACAACGAAGUCCAAGCCGUCGAUGUCGCCCGGUAAACUGGCAGUGAACAAGGUGUUCAAACCGGAGCUCGUCAUGUCCAAGAGCACUGCACUACUGGUCCAGAACUCGAAACCGUCGCUGGUCUUGAGUCCCAAGGUAUCCCUAGCUGUUCAGGCUUCGUGGAGACGCCGCAACAGCGCCACGAAGUCUGAUCGCGAGGACGAAAACCUCAUGCCGUUCCAGAAACUCACACCGACGUCUAAUCCGAAGGAGAUUAGGAACUCAUGGAUCUACGGAGCUCCAAAACAAGCGCAACAGUCUCCAAUCACUUCGUCGAUCUCGAGACGGGACAGUGGCGGCCGUAGCGCGUUCUCCUUUGUCCAGUAAGACUAGAAGCUGAGCUUUAGUCGUUCAUAUUCCACGAGCAAAUUCUGAAUAAUCUAAACUGGAAACGCUUGAAUAUUAUUCAAAUUCAUCAUGCCGU